AUGAAAUGGUGCUGGUUGAAUUUUUGUUACUGUAUCUUUUCUGUUUUGUUGUCAAGUAUUAGCUUGUCGUACGGAAGACACACAUCAAAUUGGGCUGUUCUUGUAGAUACUUCGCGGUUCUGGUUCAACUAUCGACAUAUAAGCAAUGUCCUUUCAAUUUAUCGAAGUAUCAAGCGCCUCGGAAUACCAGAUAGCCGUAUUAUUUUGAUGGUGGCUGAUGAUGCAAGUUGUAGCUCGAGAAAUCCGAGACCAGCAACAAUCUUCAACAAUCCUUACAGUCGGGUAAAUUUGUAUGGCGAAGAGAUAGAGAUUGAUUAUCGUGGUUACGAAGUUACUGUAGAAAACUUCAUUCGUAUAUUAACUGGGCGUUUACCUCCUUCGACACCUACUUCUAAGCGCCUCAAUACUGACGAGCACAGUAAUAUCCUAAUAUAUAUGACAGGCCAUGGUGGUGAUGGUUUCCUUAAGUUUCAAGAUGAUCAUGAGCUUUCUAACAGUGAACUGGCCGAUGCGAUUGAACAGAUGUGGCAAAAACGUAGGUAUCAUGAAUUACUAUUCAUUGUCGAUACAUGUCAAGCUGAAUCAAUGGGCAAGUUGUUUUAUUCGCCUAAUGUAGUAGCCAUCGGUAGCAGUGCUAUAGGAGAAGAAUCAUUAUCUCUCCAUUCGGAUCGCGAAAUUGGGACCUAUGUUUCUGAUCGAUAUUCUUACUAUGCGUUUCAGUUUUUGGAGUCUGUUACUCCUUCGAGCAAAAGAACAUUGUAUGAUUUUUCCCAGUUAUGCUCUUUCUCAUUAUGUCAAUCAACUGUUAUCACUCGAUCUGAUUUAUUUAGACGUGAUAUACGUCGCGUACUUGUUACAGACUUUUUUGGUAGCGUGCGUCAUAUAAUCCCUGGACCAGUUAUAGAAAUUAGCAAUUCCACUUUGUAUAAGAACAAUACAUUAAUUAAACACUGA